CUGUGGCCUUUAUUCAUAAUCUGUUACACAAGCAAAAACUCUUUUUCCCUUCAACAACCAAAAGGAAAAAAACUAAACAAGAAAGGAGAGAAAGGAAAAUCAUGUCUUCACCCAGCAAGCGUCGAGAGAUGGACUUGAUGAAACUGAUGAUGAGUGAUUACAAGGUGGAGAUGCUCAAUGAUGGCAUGCAAGAAUUCUAUGUGCACUUCAAUGGACCGACUGAGAGUCUUUAUCAUGGAGGUGUGUGGAGGAUUAGAGUGGAGCUACCGGAUGCUUAUCCAUAUAAAUCUCCCUCAAUAGGAUUUAUCAACAAGAUAUACCACCCAAAUGUGGAUGAAAUGUCAGGUUCUAUUUGUCUAGAUGUUAUUAAUCAGACUUGGAGCCCCAUGUUUGACCUGGUAAAUGUGUUUGAGGUAUUCCUUCCACAGCUUCUUCUGUAUCCCAACCCAUCAGACCCGUUGAAUGGUGAGGCAGCAGCUCUUAUGAUGCGAGACCGAGCUGCUUAUGAUCAGAGAGUGAAAGAAUACUGUGAGAAGUAUGCCAAGCCAGAAGAUAUUGGAGCUGCUUCAGAAGAAAAAACUAGUGAUGAGGAGAUGAGUGAAGAUGAGUAUGAUUCUAGUGAAGAAGCAGUCAUGGGCCAAGCAGAUCCAUAGCGACUACCCUGUCGUGAACUGCCUGUUAUCUGCACAUAGUGUUUCAUGUCUCUUAAUCCAAUUCUCAGUUCAGAAAGUAGAUUAUGCCUGUUAGAUGGGGGAGAAACUUUCUCCGCCCUCAAUUGGCUUAUAGUGUCAUUGUAAAUAAAUGUACAAUUUGUUGAAUAUUGAAACUAUCCGCUAGUCCAUUUGUCUACUCACAGCAAAGGCAUUCAUCUUGUGUAGAAUAUAUAGCCCCCACUUAAGGUGCCCACAUGUAUGUGCUCAGCUGCAAAUACACUUCCAUUUGUUUGAGACAUGGGAAAACAGCUCCCUCCCUCCCUCUCAAUUGGCUUAUGGUGUCAUUGUAAAUAAAUGUACAAUUGGUUGAAUAUUGAAACUAUUCACUAGUUCAUUUGUCUACUCACAGCAGAGGCAUUCACCUUGUGUAGAAUAUAUAGCCCCCACAUGA